UCGGUAGCUACCGUUAGCCAAGCUGUUAAAACUCUAGGCUAUAUAGGCUACCGGGUAAAUAGUCUACCGGGUAAAUAGGCUACCGGGCAACUUCUCCUUACGGUAGCACGGGGGUUGCUUUCUGUCGUGUUUUAGCCCGGAAAAGUAGCAGCGAUGGUGAAGAAGAAAGUCACCAAAGUAAAGAGGGCGAAAGCCGGGAAAGCAAAGAAAGAUGGAAAACAGGAGUCAAAGGGGGACAAAGAGUCUGACGUGGAGAAAGCCAAGGCCAACGCGGCCCUGUGGGAGCUCAGGUUACAGGUCACCGAACAGUCGCUCGUGGAGUACCGCGAGGCCUGCCGCAAGUUGGCACGGGCAAAUGAGGAGCUCACCAACCAGCUGUUCCGCACGGAGAAGGACACGAUAGAUACCACUGGCCUUCUGCAGAGACAAGAUGCAGCUAAAGAGGAGAAGAUCAAUACGCUGCAGAAAAGCCUCAAAAGUCAACACGCACUUGCAUGUGAGGAACAAAACAAACUGGUUGAUGAUUACACGAUUCAAAUCAACGAGAUGAAGGAACUGUUCAGAAAGAAGUCCAGAGACUUUAACAUGAUCCAGGAUGGGAUGAAGAAGAUUGAGGUGUUUCAGAAGAGGAAAGCCCAGAUGGAGCAGGAGCUCAGCGAUAUAAGAGAAAAUAUGGAUGUUGCCGACAAGGAGCACAGGGAAAACCUAAACAAAAUGGAGUACAAGUUCUUCAAAGAAAAGGAUCGCCUGGAGAAAGAAGCCGAGGAGACGAUAGCCGUGGUGGUGGAGAAGGCCCACAAUGAAGCCAUUGUGCAGUUGGACGAUGCCUCGCGCUCUGUGUUCAAGGAGAACGUCCGUCUCAAUGAAGAGCUGAAAUAUCACAUGAAGGAGGCAGACGACCUGCAGAUAUUGACAAAUUCACUAGCUGAGGAAAAUGCCUCCCUGGCACUGGACAAGAACACGUUUGAGUUGAUGGCAAAGAAAAACACAGCCCAGAUGGAGGCCCAAAAGAAGGAGCUAUCUAAGCUGAAGGCCAUGGUAGCUUCCCUGGAGCAGGCCCUGGAGCUAAAAGGUGAGGAACCUGAGAGAGAGGAGAAGAAGGAGAAGGAGAAGGCUCUGGUCAGCAUCCAGGCCGGCCAGGUAGAGUUGGAGAAGCUGCAGAAAGUGCUUUCCAUGCGGGAGAGGGAAUUGGGGCACGUCAAGCGGCUUGCGAGCACCAUUGUAGAGCAGCGCACAGAGCUGGAGCAGUUCUUCCACGAGGCACUGGCUCAGGUGAAGCAGGAGAUCAUGGACAGCAGGCUGCGAUACAAAAAGGAGGCACUGCAGGCUUAUCGUUGGAGGCUGAGAGAAGCCACGGCAGGAAAACUCAAGUUCCCACCCAUCCGCACCUUUCAUAAAGCCCCCAACAGUACCAACUCUGUCUAUUCUGACAUGGAGGCGGCUGCGAGGUGGACUCAUCAACCAGACAGCAAAGUUGAAAUCUCAGAUCUCACUUGGGAGCAGAAGGAACAAGUGCUCAGGCUUCUCUUUGCUAAAAUGAAUGGACAGCAGAGGGAAAGGAGAGCCAGCCAACAUCUGGCUUUGUCUGCCUCCUCUGAGAAGAAGAGCCCUAUUGACAGCGAUGCUGCCGGAAUUAGAGAGGAGCUCUCCCCGGCGACCUUCGUCACCCAGGCGCCUGUUCUGCCCUCGAACGCAAACAGCCUGCCGGAUAUAAACACCACAUGACCCCUGUGUGGCCUCUGCAUUGCA